AUGGACUACGUGGCAGUAUUCGCCGGACUUGGAUCUGAGUCGCUGUUCUCUCAGGUCACCUUAGACACGGCAAUCCAAGAUGCUUCUCUACCUGAGUCCCAGAUCAUUCUGCAGGCAUGUCACGCAUGCUUCCGGACACAAAUUGCUACAGCCAUGAGGCAAGGCCGCCUUGCCGUUGAUGCGAUCGAUUUAGACGACUUCACAGAGCCCGAGACACUUUUGCGCCCCCCUCCAAGCUAUCAUCAGAGCGUUGUCCUCCAGCAUACAACCAUUUAUCUAGUCCAGAUUGUCCGAUAUCUGCGACAGUCUCGGGAGUUAUCUCACCUGCGAGGGGUAGCUGGCUUUUGUGUCGGCGUGUUGCCUGCAGCAGCAAUCGCAUCCACUCACAGCCUUGUCCAAUUUCUUCAGCGAGCACAGGACCUAUUCCAAGUUGCUCUAUGGGUUGGUAUAAACUCCGAAACAUAUCGCAGGGCACAGGCCACUCGCGGUAACAGCUCUACGAGUUUGCCGUGGAGCGUCGUAGUGGACAAUUUUUCCGAUGAUAUCACAAGACCAGCGGACAAUGGAAGAAAUUCUGAUGCCCCCGUGUACGUCAGCGCCAAAAUGUCACCCACGUGCGUGACACUGAGUGGGAGAGGAGAUCAACUGGCACAAUUCAUCCACGAGAAACUCCCUUCCCACUGUAGGACGCGCCCGACAAAUGUGCUCACCUUGUACCAUAAUCGUGAUCGAUUGUUUGACGUCUUCCAGCAAACAAUGAAUAGUGUGGAACAGGAGUUGUCUUCGCAGUGGAACGUACCCAUUACUCUGGUGGUACCGUUCUUUUCUACAGUUGCCGGGGCGCCUGUGGACUGUGUUGGCGACUUAGAUGGCCCUGCCACCCUGGGACAGUUGGUUGCUCUUCUCUUGGAAAUGAUCCUCCUGGAGCCGGUGGACUGGGUGUCCGUCCAAGAUGCCAUGCUGUCUGAUCUUCAGAAGUCCGUGGAUUCCAGACCGUGCCAAAUUUUAAACUUUGGUCCCGGAUAUGGCAUGUCGAAGUCGCUCCGGCCGAUGCCAACAUGGGUGGAGAUUCGAGAUGUCUCGGCCAUGGGAGUAUCCCGCAUGCCCGCAAGCGAAGGAUCUCGUAUCUCCUUAGAUGACAUAGCCAUCGUAGGCAUGGAUGUUGAACUACCCGGCGCACAGGACGAGGACGAGCUAUGGGAGAAUCUUUGCAAUGGCGUUGAUUCCUGUACGGAGAUUCCUGCCUCUCGAUUCCACGUGGAUGACUUCUUUGGGAAAAAGGACGAGCAUGGCAGCCGGGCCAAACGGUCAAUAAACACCCGAUACGGCAACUUCUUGAAGAACCCGUUCCUGUUCGACAAUGAUCUUUUUGAUAUCUCUCCGCGGGAGGCUCGGUCAAUCGAUCCGCAGCAGCGUGUGUUGCUGCAGACGGCAUAUCGCGCCCUUGAAAAUGCGGGAUACGUUCCCGAUUCCACUCCGUCGUUUGCCCGUGACACCUUUGGAUGCUUUAUCGGCAACGCGACCCUCGACUACACCGAUAACCUCCGCCCGGAGAUUGACGUCUACUACAGUCCAGGAACCCUUCGUGCUUUCCAGAGUGGCCGGAUCUCUUACUACUUCGGCUGGAGCGGCCCAUCGAUGACGUUGGAUACCGCAUGCUCGUCGUCCAUGGUGGCGCUUCACCAGGCUGUACGAGCAUUGGCUGCUGGCGACUGUCGAGCGGCGCUGGUUGGCGGCGUCAACGUGAUAUCAAGUCCGGAUAUGUAUCUCGGUCUUGAUCGCGCGCAUUUCCUCAGUCCCACCGGCCAGUGCAAAGCAUUUGAUGCGUCCGCGGACGGUUAUUCCCGUUCUGAAGGCUGUGGCGUCUUCGUCGUCAAGAAGAUGCGCGACGCACUGGUUGAAGGUGAUCGGAUCCACGCCGUUAUCAAAGGGGUGGAAGUGAACCAGAGUGGAAAUGCCCAUUCGAUUACCCAUCCUCACGCCCCGACACAGGAGCAGCUCUUUCAGCGGCUGUGCCACAAAACCAAGAUUCAUCCACAUCAGAUUACCGUUGUUGAAACACAUGGGACAGGGACCCAAGCAGGCGACCCGAAUGAGGUUGAAAGUCUGCGGAACGCAUUCUGCAGCGGCCGUGAUGCCCGGAAUACAGUGUAUUUUACGUCCAUCAAAGCCAAUAUUGGCCAUUGUGAGGCGGCAUCCGGAGCAGCCGCCCUGGCCAAGACCAUCCUCAUGAUGCGAUACGGCAAGAUCCCACCGCAAAUUUCUCUAAAGACGUUGAAUCCCAAGAUUGAGGAUUUAGGGAAGGAUGGAGCAGUGAUUAGCCGAGAUGGCGCUCGGUGGAAUCCCACAGGAGACCAGGCACGACUGGCGCUCAUCAACAACUUCGGCGCCGCGGGCUCAAAUGCAGCGAUGAUCCUGCAGGAGUACAUCGCUCCUGUCCAUUGCAUCGCCCAGGAUGAGAGCCAGUCGUAUGUUCUGGGUCUGUCGGCAAAGAACGCUAAAGUCCUCCUGAAACUUCGUGAAGACCUGAUUGCCAGCUUGGCUGGUUCCCUCGCUACAGGAUCCUCCUUGUCCCUGGCGGAUAUCUGUUACACUAUGACUGCGCGCCGCCAACUCUACAAUGUCCGCCUGUCGGUUACCGCGGAUUCGGUUCAAACACUGAUCAGAAACCUCGAGACUGCCGAGCCUCACCAUAUUUCCAAUGUCCCCCAGCCUCAGAUAGUCUUUGUCUUCUCGGGACAAGGGUCGCAGUAUCUGGGGAUGGGCCAUGAGCUCAUGUCCAUCUACCCCGUCUUCGCCAAAACUGUGCACCGUUGUGAUCAGAUCCUGAGGGAGAAUGGUUUUCCCGGCUGUCUAGAUGUCAUUAGCCCUCAAGUGGCGGACCAACCGAGCGGUAAUAGUACCGUGCAGCUUCAGUCGUUCCAAUCGGCAAUAUAUGCACUCGAGGUUGCCUUGGCUCAGCUUCUAAUCUCCUGGAAGAUUCGACCGAGCGCAGUUAUUGGGCACAGCCUUGGUGAGUAUGCGGCCUUGGUGACGGCCGGGGUAUUGGAUGUUGCAAGCGGUUGUCUUCUGGUGGCUCGUCGUGCUCAACUCAUGAUGACUCACUGCGAACCACAGAAGACCUCGAUGCUGGCCGUCAAUAUCGGGUCCUCCGAUGUGCAGUCGAUGAUUGAAAGCGACGAUCGCUUUGGACAACUGAGCAUCGCCUGCGACAACAGUCCCACCGACUGCGUAGUUGGGGGCCCCGUUUCGCAGCUGCAGGCCUUCAAGCAGGACAUUACUAGCGCUGGCAAGGGUAAGAGCAAACUACUCGAUGUACCCCUGGCAUACCAUACCGAAGCGAUGGACGCCAUCCUGCCCGAGUUGGAGGAGUACGCCAGCACGGUGCCCCUGCGGUCGCCCUCUGUGCCAGUGAUCUCAAAUGUCCUGGGGCGUACCGUGAGGGAGGGAGAGAAGGUGUUCACACCAGGGUAUUUCACACGUCAUUCCCGCGAAACCGUGGCGUUUCAGCAGGGGCUGAAGGACUUUUUGGCUGCGGACGCGCACUCAGCGACGGCCCACUGGGUGGAAGUUGGACCGCACGCCUCGCUUCUGCCAAUGAUCGCUGCGCAGGUCCCUACCCCUUCGGCGACUCUGUUGCCCUGCCUGAGGAAGGGAGUUUCGCCCUCUUCCACGUUAUCACAGCUCCUGAGCCAUUUCUAUCGGACUGCGGAGUCGAUCGACUGGCGUCAAGCGUUUACAUUCCAAGAUCCCGCUCGUCUUGUAAACCUCCCCGGGUUGCCCUUUUUCCAAUCAGAGUAUGUGGUGUCAUAUCCACACGAAACCGGGGAACGGCAGACAGUCCUGGCCGAUCAAAUUCUGGAUCCAGUGUCCAGCAAUGUCUUCCUUGGCCGGACGGUUCAAAGAGCGUGCGAAUCCAAUGGCUUUACCGCUAUCUAUGAGACAUGCAUCCAAUCUCUCAAAGAGUUCAUCACUGGCCAUGUGGUGUGUGAUCAUGCCCUCUGUCCGGCUUCGGUGUACCACCAGAUGGCAUUAUCAGCCAUAAAUGACAUAGAUCCGGAUAGUACAGCGGGGUACGCGUGGUCCCUGGUGGACAUAUCAUACGUCGGUCCUUUGCUCUACACGAGCCAGUCCACUGCUGCGGUCCGCAUUGAGAUGGUUCCAGUCGGUCAGGAUUGGAAGUUUGAGAUCUCGUCCAUCCCCGAUGCCUCGAACCCCAAUCACCGCAGCGCGCACUGCAAGGGCCACCUCAGGCGCAAGGACCGGAGAGCGAUAGAGCAGAAAUACACCCGAAAGGCGCACCUGAUGCAUCGUUCGAUCGACCGAUUCGUGCAUCCAGAGCCAAACGCCAUCCUAGAAACGUUCUCAACCAAGGCCCUCUACGAGAAUGUAUUCACACGGGUGGUCACGUAUUCGGCGUUAUACCAACAGGCGCAGUACAUUCGCAUUAGUCCCGACGGCGGGGAAGCGUAUGCGUGUUGCAAAUACUCCGGCACUCCGUCGGCCCCGGCCAAGGCCAACUCCGUCUUCAUGGACGUCCUGCUGCAUGUGGCUGGGUUCGUGGCCAACCUCUCCAUCGGGGCCAGUGAGGCAGGAAUCUGCAAGGAAGUGGCGUCCGCAAUCGUCCUCCGUGAACCGGCCUUGUCUGGGGGUCAGUUCGAUGUCCACUGCACCAUGAUCUCCUUACCAGCCGAGGGUGUCAUUGUGGCGGAUGUCCAAGCUAUGGAUGAGCGCGGAAUAAUGGCUGCUUUCAAGGGAAUGGUGUUUCAGUGCGUCCAAUUGGAGAAAGUUCGCCAGGCGUUCAGUAUCGCCUCGAAGAGAGGGCAGGGAACGUCAAACCUGUCGAGAGCCAGGACUACCGCACCCAUCCGUCAGGCACCGUCGACAAUCACUCGUCCCAAUGUUGCGGAUGUUCGGCCACUCCCGCCCGUCGCCUCGUCUCCGCCGAAAGGGGCCGUUAGGAACCUCAUCGCUCAGACAUGUGCCGUGGAUCCAGCGUCUCUGUCGGCCGACUCGAAUCUGGAGGCACUUGGAUUCGAUUCCCUGUUGAUGAUUGAGCUCGAAGCGCAGCUGUUGCCAAUCUACGCUCAGUUUGAUAUCUCAGCAUUGGCGAAAUGCUCCACCGUUGGGGACGUGGAGAGACUCUGCGGCGGCCUCCAGGGUGUAGAGACGCCCCCCAUCUCAGAACUUCAGACACCCCCCAGCUCAGAACCAGGGACGCCGCCUAGCGAGGGCUCUCCUAUAGAUUUAGGUGGUGACAUUCAGAUGCUCACCCGUGCCAUUAUUGCUGAGACAUGCGGUGGGGACAUGAAUAGCAUCACCUCCAGUUCUGAGUUAGCAGCGUUGGGCAUCGAUUCGCUUAUGAUCUUCGAACUAGAGUCCAGCCUGUUGAAGAUCGGCCUUAACAGCGAUCUAUCGUACACGGAGCUCUCCGAAUGUCGCACGGUCGGUGAUGUUGAGAAGCUGAUCCUAGGACACGAUCAUCAAGCCCAGUUACAAGAUCAUUCUUCCUCCUCUUCCUCAGUCUCGUCUCUGGAUACAGCAUAUUCGUCGGAUUCGACCAACCCUACGGUUGUCCCAACCCCCAUCAAUGCGGGUUCUGCCGACUCGCAGGUAUUAUUCAGCCCCAGCACCAUCGACAAGGUGUCCCAGAUCCUCCACCUGUAUCAACAGCCGGAAAUCGUGCAAUCGACUGGUGUGCCCCGCUCCCCUCUGUUUCUGAUCCACGAUGGCAGUGGUAUUUGUGCUCAUUAUCAUCGCCUCCGUUCGUUGGACCGACCCGUGUACGCGCUGCAUGAUCCCAAAUUCUUAGAUCCUUUCGACGGGUGGGUUAGUCUGGGGGAGAUGGCCGACGCAUAUGCCCGGGAGGUCACGGCCACCGCCGCCGGGCCAUACUUGCUGGGAGGCUGGUCGUUUGGCGGUGUGGUUGCCUUUGAAGUCGCCCGCCGGCUGAUAGACCAGGGAUAUAGCGUUGUUGGCACGAUCCUGAUUGAUUCCCCUCCUCCGGUCCAUCAUCAACCGCUGUCGUCGCGCAUCAUCGACGCGGUGACAGGUGCCGCUAAACCCGCCGUGGCGGAGACUGCCCAGGCGAUCCGGUCUCUGACCCGGCGUCACUUUAGAGCCUGUGCCAGCCUCCUUGGUGCCUUUACUCCGGCCCCGCCCGAGACGCGCCCGGUGCCCCGCGUGUUUCUCUUGCGCUCGAGUCAGGGAUGGAAAGACCUCGCGAAUCCAGAAUGGAUCGAGAAUCCCUGGCUCCAAGAUCGCUCAGACCCGAAGACGGCUGUGAUGGGUUGGGAAACAGUGACUCGCUCGGCUGUCCCAUGGGUGGAUAUCCCUGGAAAUCAUUUCGAGGUUUUCGACCCGGUCAAUAUCGAUGUGGUUUCCGAGGCAAUCCGUCACGCUUGCGGCGAGUUACAGGCGGUAGAUUCACGUCCCUAG